AUGCCAGUCCCAUCUCUCAAACACCUGGCGACAGCCACAGCAAUCAAGCAUGUCAAGAUGCUGGACGAUAUCGGCAGCUUGCCCUAUGCCCUUGCUCGCCCCGUGCUGCUCAAAGUCGACAACCCCGAGAAGCUGCAUUCAAUGGAACUCCUCUCCCCACACCUCGCCGAAGAAGACCAAGAAUUAUGGCUCGAGUUCAUAAAACGCGACAUUCCCCAAUGGGACACCUAUGAUAUCCCACAGCAAUCCAAUCAGUGGUACGACAUCUACUGCGACCUCCGCGAAGAAGUCCAGCGCUCCCUCGACGCCGACGCCGAGAAAUUAAAGAUGGCCAUCGACGGCAUCCAGUCCGAAAAGGCCCGCCUAACCCCCAAAAUAAUCGCCGGACCUCGAGGCAAACACAGACCAAGCAUCGCAGAAUGGGGGGAAUCCCCCCCACCCUCCAAUAAAUCCAGCGGCAACAACAACAGCUCGGACUCAUCCUCGAGCUUCACCUUCGGCAGCUCCUCCCGCGUAUCCGGCUUCGGCUCCGCAGGCUCCAAACCACCCAAGAAAUCUAUAUUCGCGCCCCAACGCAGAAACAACGCCCUGGCCAUCCCAACAAAACACCUCAGCACCCGCGCCUCCCUCGUGAAGAAAGCCCCGCGCUCCCUAAUCGAAGAACAUCGACGGCCCAUGGACCCGCCUGCGCCAACUUCGUCAGGCUCAUCCUCAUCAUCGCGACGAGACAGGGAGGCAGGCGUGCUAACCCAAUCAAACGGACGGGCUCGACCCGGCAGUAUGCCCGUUUCAUCCAACCCAGCCUUUGGUCCCAAGAGUGCCGCGUUGGCGGAGCGAGAGGCCCGUUUGCAAGCUAUCGCCUCAGGCAAACCUCUCCCCACCCAUAGCAGUGCCGACUCAAAGAAUCCCACUUCUCGAGAUGCCCCCGCCUCACCAGCUAAGCGGCCGAUUCUCAAACGACGUGCUGUUUCUCCCCCGACGUCUGUACCUGUGACUUCUCAGGCUUCGCCGCCGCCGCCCGCGCCCCGUCCGGCUGUUAUUCGUAAACGUCCGGAUAGUGUGUUUAUCCAGCCGAAGCGUAAACGAGCUGGGUGA